AUGAGCUGCGCCGAAGCUUCCGCGAUGGGCCGCCAGAAUGCCGCAUCGGAGGGUUCCUCUGCGUCGCGUCGCCAAAUGCCAUCACUGCCAGCCGUCACAGCAGCAGACGCGCCGCGGCGCAGCGAUUCCGUUCCGGUUAUCUCCGUGCACGAGCUCACGCGCCGCUUCGUCUUCACGGAUCUGCUAGGGGAGGGAAAGUUCGGCCGCGUCUGGCGCUGCUUGGACCGCCACGGCCCCACCAGCGAGCCGCUCGCGUGCAAGCAGAUCCUCACCACUCAUCUCACGGCGGAGCAACGGCUGGCGCUUCACCGCGAAAUCGCCGUCCUACGACGCCUGCAGGGCCACCCGAAUGUGCUGCGACUGCAUGCGAUUUGCGACGGUGACGGCGGCGCAUUGGAGGGGCUUGGUUUGGAAACAAAAUCGCGUGGUUCGGGUGCGUUUGGUUCGGGGUGGGACGAUGCAUCUGUCGCGAUUCGAGAACUCGUCGCGCGGCCCGGUGUGUAUCUCAUUACGGAGCUGUGUACUGGAGGCGACUUGUUUGACUUGAUUGACCAAUUUGAACACGGCGUGGACGAACUAACCGCGGCGGGAAUUUUCGUCCAAAUCGCACGCGCCGUGGAAUGGUGCCACCUUCACGAUAUAGUCCACAGAGAUAUCAAACCCGAGAACGUGCUUAUAACGGCGUCGCUUCCAGCGGGCGCUUGCACUGACGCGAAGGCUUCGUGCGCGGACAUUCCUGCGCCAGCGAUCCCGCGGCCCCAGGUCGCGAUUCCGCGCGCUUACUCCGCUGCGGAGAUUAGUCCGCGCGCCUGUCAUUCCGCCGCGCGGAAAUUCACUGGCGAGGGUACUGCAGCCGCUUCUCCGCAGGGCGAGGGGAAUGAUUGGGAAGAAUCCGAAGAGACGAUUUAUCCGAGCCUGUUUGCUGGGCCUGCCGAGCCUGAGGUUCGGCUCGCGGAUUUCGGCAUGGCGUGUGAGGUGCCUCCAGGCUCGGCAAUCAUAGGCCUGGCUGGAAGUGAACCGUACGAGGCUCCUGAGAUGGUGGAAAUGAGAAAGUACGAUCACCAGGCAGAUGUGUGGUCCCUGGGGGUUCUCCUGCACACCCUCCUCUCUGCCACGUGGCCAGAAUUCCCGGAUGGAAAGCGAGAGCUGGUGCAGGAGGAUUUGACGUUGCAUCCGUGGCCGUCGAUCUCGGAGGAUGCAAAGGAUCUGAUCCGUCAGAUGCUGGUGGUGGAUCCGAAUGAACGGCUGGAUAUUCACUGUGUGCUGCAGCACCCGUGGGUGGUGAAAUGGAUGCGGCGGAGGCAAAGAGGGCGGGCGCAGAGGGGCAAUCAGGGUCUAGAACCACUCGAGCUGCAGCGUGAAGGCCAUCGGCCGACGGAUUUCCCGCGCGUCAUAAGCUGGGCUGCGAAGUUCCCGCGGGACCGGUAUUCCCUAGGUGACGUCAUCGCCAAUGGAUCCAGCGGCGCCGUCUUAGAAUGCACAGACAAGGAGACGGGCCAAGGGCUGGCCUGCAAAGUGAUGCUCAAGAACGCGCUGCGAACAGAAGCCGACAAAAACGGCCUGCGGCGCCGGCUGGAGAUCAUGAAGCAGGCCGGCGCGCACCUGAACGUGGUGUCGCUCGUCGGCGUGUUUGAGGACACGUGUGCAAUCUACGUGGUCAUGGAGCGCUGCUUAGGUGGCGACUUGCUUGAGUACAUCAGCAAAAUGGGCGCGAUUCCCGAGCCGCAGGCGGCUAUUAUGUUUCGGCAGCUCGCAUCGGCUGUCGCCUUCUGUCACGACUAUGGGAUCCUGCAUCGCAACUUAAAGCCUGAGAACGUGUUUCUGACGUACGGGACGGCGGACGACCUAAACUACGCGUCGCCCGCGCUCUCCUCCUGUAGCUCCUUCUCCUCCUCCUCCUCGUUCUCCAUCUUCUCCCCGUCACUCUCCGCCUUCUCCACCCCGCAAAGCUCCCCCGCGCGGCAUGCAAGCGCUUCCGCUUCCCCCUCCCCCUCGUUCAAUCCCCCUUCCCCCGCUCCUUUCAGCAGAAGCACCGCCGCUUUCCCGGCCCCAUCCAGCUCGCCCUCCCUCGGUGGCUCUUCCCCCAGCCCUCCCCUCCCUUCCCCCUCGCCGUCCGCAGCACCUUCCGCCUCGCGCAUACAGAGUCCAGAUUCGGAAACGCUUUCUGAAUCAAGCUCCGCGCUCCCCGAUUCUUCCGCCUCUCCCUCCGCUGCGUCCACCUCCGCCUCCGCCUCCUCCGCCGCCGCCGCUGCCGCCGCCGAAACAGCAGAAGCGGUAGCUGCAGACGACGUUCCCGACGCAGCCCUCCCUUCGUCAACCCCAGCCUUUUUCGCGUUCAAUUUUCAGGGCCCCUUCGUGCGACUGAACGACUUCACUCUGGCGACGCGCCGUCGCAGAGGGUCGUACGUGAGCGGCGCGGUUGGAAGCCUGCCGUACAAAUCGCCAGAGAUGAUAAUGAAGGGUCGGUCCAACGAGAAGGCGGACAUUUGGAGCCUAGGUAUUAUUCUCUAUUCCAUGCUCUCAGCUCGGUGGCCCUUUUAUUCGCCAAAGAAGGCGGUUCUCGAGCGGAAGAUCCUGAAUGGUCACGUUGACUUCUCCGGUGAUCCCUGGCCGUCGAUCUCAGACGACGCAAAGGAUCUCGUCCGUCGAAUGCUGGCUGUGAAUCUUAAUGAGCGGCCGUCUGCAACGGAGCUUCUAAAGCAUCCAUGGGUGCUGAAGUUUCUUGUAGCGGAAUCCCAGGGGAGUUCAGGCGCUGCUGCUUGCGCGGCAGGCACAGGCGUUGGGGGAAGCGGGGGGGUGGCGGUGGCGCAGCAAGUGAAGAACGGAAAGUUAUCCGGAAGGGAGGUUACUGAGGAGGGGUGGCACUGUAACGAUAGGAUGGGUGUAUGCGAUCUACACUUACAGGUGGCGAACAAUUGCUGGAUUAUGCUCUCCAAGAUGAUGCCGAAGAUGACCUGGUGA